UGGUAUAAAAAGAUACUGUUGAUCGCCUACUCUAAAUAUCACUGAACAUAUGUGUAACUUAAACGUACAUGGUUGUCGGUGCAUUGUAACGUUUAUGUGUUACCACUGUGUCGAUCGUUCGUGGAUGGUCAGUUGAAACUAUGGCCGACGACUUGCCAGCAUGGUUAAACUACACGCCCGGCGACCAGCUUGAGAAGCCAGUGGAUACAAACAUCACUGGGACAAUCCCACAAUGGGUGACAGGGACCCUGUAUCGGAAUGGAUCAGGGAUGUAUGAGGUAGGGGAGACAACUGUGAAGCACGUGUUUGAUGGCAUGGCUGUCCUCCACAAGUUCAUCAUCAAAGACGGAAAAGUUCAGUAUCAGAACAAACUCUUGGACUCGGACACCCUUACAAGAAGUCUGAAGGCAAAUCGACUGGUCGUUGGUCAGUUUUCUACAGCUGCAUACCCAGAUCCCUGCAAGAGUAUCUUUGCAAGGUUUUUGUCCUAUUUUAUCCCGGAAAUGACAGACAACACAGCAGUGAACAUCGUCCCCCAUGGCGACAUGCUUCUGGCCUUGACAGAGACACCAAUCUGCAAUAUUGUUGAUCCUGAGACACUCACAAAGAAAGGAUCGAUUCCGCUAGACAAGCUAAACCUGGUUGCACUUCAUGUCGCCACGGCUCACCCUCACACAGACUCUGACGGCACCAUGUACAACCUGGGCACUUCAUUCAACCACAAACAAGCUUACAACAUCAUCAAAAUACCACCACAAGAAAAAGCGGGAGACAACCCCUUCAACCGUGCAUCCCUGGUGUCGACCUUUCCCUCUCGCUGGAAGAUGAACAUCGGCUACAACCACAGCUUUGGGAUGUCGGAGAACUACUUUGUUGUCCUGGAACAGACUCUGGUUGCCAACGUCUUGAAGCUGCCUCUCUUGCUUUUAACCAGAACUGGAUUUGAGAAUUGUAUGGACAUCUACCCUGAUGAAAAGGUUCUCAUCCAUCUUGCUCGGCGCUCAGACGGAAAGACACUAACGACGCAGUACACAUGCCUUCUUCUGUUUCCACUUCAUCAACUGCUAUGAAGAGGACGGCCAUCUUGUCAUUGAUGUAUGUGCCUUUGAUGAUGGGCGUGUGGUGCAUGACCUUUAUCUUAAGAAUCUCAAGGAAGGAGUCUACGGACAGUUUCAUGCCAAAUUAAGACGCUAUGUGCUUCCUCUUGAUGCCCAAAAGGCCGGGACUGGCAAGAACCUGGUGACACUACCAGACACGUCGGCUACAGCGGUCAAACAGCCGGACGGCUCCAUCUUCUGUACCCCUGACUACAUCACCGGAG